CCUUCGGGUACGAUCGUCGCACUCGGCCCGGUUCGGCCGCUUUCGGGCGGGUUCGGGCGCCGCCCGCUCGGGUGUCUCCGGCCAGUGGAUCGGGUGAGAUCGGAGAGGACUCGGCACCGCUCGGCUCCCCUUCGGGCUCGAUCGGAAACCGCUCGAGCGGACUCGGGAUUCUUCGGGCCGGGACCGCUCGGGGAGGCUCGGCCCCGCUCGGGCGGGCUCGGCCCCCGGCCCGAUCUGCCAGGUAUCGCCUCGGGACGCACUGCCUGCGCUCGGCCGGGGCCGGGAGCGGCCGAGCCGGCAGGGGAGCGCGGGCCCUGCUCGGCGGGAACCAUCGCUCGCCUUCGGACGAGGCCUGCGAAGACUCUUCGUGCACCAUUGGAAGCGUUCGGUUCCGCCCGAGCAAACACGCUCGGAGCCGCUCGGACAGGCUCGGAACUGUUCGGACCGCUCGGGCAAAGACGCUCGGAACCGCUCGGGAGGACUCGGAAUUGUUCGGGACCGCUCGGGCAAAGACGUUCGGAACCGCUCGGGCGGGUUCGGAACUGUUCGGAACCGCUCGGGCAGCCACAUUCGGAACUGUCCGGAACCGCUCGGGGAAAGACAUUCGGAACCGCUCGGGGAACAACGUUCCGGAAUCGCUCGGGGGCGCUCGGCAGCGCUCGGGCAGCCACGUUCGGAACCGCUCGGGAGGGCUCGGAACUAUUCGGCUCCGCUCGGGUGGACUCGGCUGCGCUCGGACAGGCUCGUUCGUCACCGCUCGGGGGCGCUCGGAGCUGUUCGGAACCACUUGCUCAAACACGUUGGAACCGCUCGGGCGGGCUCAGAACCGUUCAGAGUUGCUCGGGCGGGCUCAGAACCGUUCGGUCAAACACCUUUGGAACCGCUCUGGAGGGCUUGGGACCAGUCAGUUAAACACGUUCAGCAUCACUUGGUUAAACACAUUCAGCAUCCCUCAGUGAACCAGGCUCAGCAUAGCUCGGAACCUGCUCGGGCGGGCUCAGAACUAUUCAGAACCCCUCGGGCGAGCUCGGAACCGCUCGGUCAAACACCUUUGGAACCGCUCUGAAGGGCUUGGAACCACUCGAUUAAACACGUUCAGCAUCAGUCAGUGAAACACGUUCAGCAUUGCUCCGGCAGGCUGAGAACCUCCCCGGGGAAAGACAUUCGUCCCUGCUCAGGAGAGCUCGGAAUUGUUCAGAACCGCUUGGACAAAGACAUUCAGAACUGCUCAAGGAGGUUUGUAGCCACUUGGAGAAAAACGUUCAAAACCAUUCGGGGAAACAUGUUCGGCAUUGCUCAGUGAAACAUGUUUGUCACCACUCAGUGAACACAUUCGAAACCACUCGGGGAAAGACAUUUGGCACCGUUUGGGCGGGCUUGGCACUACUCGGCGGUGCUCAGAAGUGCUUGGGCAGGCUCAGAAGCCCUCGAGCAUCCUUGGCACGGCUCGGAAGCACUUGGCACCACUUGUCCGCCCGCCAAAGAGUGCUCGUGUGGCCCCGGAGACCUGGUCCCCCCUCGCCUCGCAUGGAGGACACCGACUCUGCAGCAAAGCAGCUGGGCUUGGCGGAGGCGGCGGCCGUGACGGCUGCAGCAGCUGUGGAAAGACCCGAAAAGCAGCAGAAGCAGCAACAACAGCAGCAGCCACGGCCGCGAGCGGUGGUGUCCAAGUCGGAGGAGGAGGAGGAGGCGGCAGUGGCGCAAGUGGCAGUGAUGGCAGCCGGUGCAGAGCACAUCCAGAUGGGCCCUGAGCCCCUGCGCAGCGCGGACGAGGCUGACGCUGCCUUCGCAGAAGUCACCACAGUGACAGUUGCCAACGUCGGGGCCUCUGCGGACAAUGUUUUCACAACGUCUGUGGCAAAUGCAGCUUCGAUUUCAGGACAUGUGCUGUCUGGGAGAACAGCCCUCCAAAUCGGGGACAGCUUGAAUACUGAAAAAGCCACACUCAUAGUGGUUCACACAGAUGGCAGCAUUGUGGAAACGACGGGUCUGAAGGGGCCGCCAGCACCUCUCACUCCAGGACCACAGUCUCCUCCUGCCCCUUUAGCACCUGUCCAAGAGAAAACUGGAACAAAGUACAACUGGGAUCCGUCUGUGUAUGAGAAUGAGCUCCCGGUGCGGUGCCGGAAUAUCAGCGGCGUUCUCUACAAAAACAGGCUUGGCUCAGGAGGCCGUGGUAGGUGCAUUAAGCAAGGGGACAACUGGUACAGCCCCACUGAAUUUGAAGCUAUGGCGGGACGAGCCAGCAGCAAAGACUGGAAGAGGAGCAUCCGCUAUGCUGGGAGGCCCCUGCAGUGCCUUAUUCACGAUGGGAUUUUAAAUCCUCACGCUGCUUCCUGUACAUGUGCUGCCUGCUGUGAUGACAUGACUCUGAGCGGCCCCAUUCGACUCUUUGUACCAUAUAAAAGGCGGAAAAAAGAAAAUGACAUGCCUACAACUCCAGCGAAGAAGGACUGCUCCAAAAACAUCAGUCUGCUUCCAGCCACAGCAGCUACUACAUUCACGGUGACUCCUUCUGGACAAAUCACUACGUCCGGCGCUCUGACGUUCGACCGUGCGUCGACAGUGGAAGCCACCGCGAUUAUCUCGGAAAGUCCAUCCCAGGGCGAUGUUUUCAGUGGAGCCGCUGUUCAGGACACCAGCGUCCAGCAGCCUUGCCGGGUCAGCCACCCCGAGCCCCACUACCCCAGCUACCAGGACAACUGCCAGAUUUCACCUUUUCCUGAAGCUGCGCUGCCCACUUCUCACCCCAAAAUAGUGCUAACCUCACUCCCCGCUCUGGCGGUGCCCCCUGCAACCCCCACCAAAGCCAUAUCCCCUUCGGUGGUGAAUGGGCUGGAAGUGACGGAGCAGCGGAGCUGGCUCUACUUGGAAGAGACGGUCAACUCAUUGCUCAACACCGCUCAGCAGCUGAAGACUCUCAUUGAACAGGCCAAGCAGGCCAGCUCCUCCUUCCGCGAGGCUGCUGUCACUCAAGCCAAAAUCCAAGCUGAUGUGGAGAGGAAAGAGCAAUAUCAGAACCAGUUAUUUCAACAGACAGAAGAUGUGGAUGGGAAAUCGGAAAUCAUCAUCAAGCAGUCCUGUGUCAACUGCGGUCGUGAGGCGAUGAACGAGUGCACGGGAUGCCACAAAGUCAACUACUGUUCUACUUUCUGCCAGAGGAAGGACUGGAAGGACCACCAGCAUAUCUGCGGCCAGUCGGCCACGGUGACAGUGCAGGCUGACGAGGUGCACGUCACAGACAGCGUCAUGGAGAAGGUUGCUGUCUGAGCACAUCUACCUCUUGGACUGGUCAUGAAUGACACAACGCGGCCGGCUGGAUCGGAGGCGCGGCAUGAAUGGUUUGUCCUUUAUGAACCACACUCUUCUCCAGCAAACUGAUCUUUGAUACUGUGACAGUGUUUGCCUACACCCAAUCCUCUUUGUUGAGACUGUGAAAACCUCAGCUGAAUAGAACAGCUGCCACUGACCUGCAGCCUCGCAGCUGGGAGCCACCUUCAGCUUAGGGAGCUUUGGCUUUGCCAGACUGGAGCCUCCACCGUGUGGAUGAUCGCAAUCUCAUCAUCUCUCUCGAGAUGGAUCUAACGCAGGUGCUGCCAUGAGAUGUGCCAGUGUUUCCAUCUCCCUUUGCCUCCCUACCUCUUGUUUGGAAAGAGAAACGAAACUGUGUUUGUUUUAUUUAAUUGCCUUGAAAAAUUGAGUCCAUGUUCUUCUGUUUGCCUGUGGAAGGAGUUUUGUUUCCUUGUGUUCCCUCUGUGCUGGGCAAAUUUGGAAAACAUUGGAGCUUCAGCACUUGAGAAUAAGUGAUAAAUACCAUGUUGUUAAAUAAAAUGCAGUGAAACCACGAGGGUGCCGUUUCCUUCUCACGGCAGCACUUGAAUGUGCUGAUAAACACAGCAAGUGGCCGCUGGGAGUGGCUGCAGCUACGAUGCUGCUGCGGUUCCACGUGCGUCUCUGGUCCUGGUCUCCAGAGGAGGCCAGUUGGGAAGUGUUUGUUCAGCAGGGCAUGGACAGUCACAGCCUGUUGCCUCCCUGGUGUGUGUCUGGCCAAUAUCAGAUCUGAUUGCACCCAGAGUUUAAUUAAGAGCGCUGCUCCAUUGUUGCCACUCAUUAACAGAGGGGGUGACCACUAGGAAGUUAUUUGCUUCAUUUGCUAUAACAAAAUCAUUUAAUUAUUAGUGUCUUCUUCAAUAAUUUAGGCUAAUUUAUUUGUGUUUUGAGGAUUCAUGCCCAACCAGAGGGGUCUUGGCAGAUGCACACCCUUCUGCUUUGGUGUUUUAGCCUCAGGCAUAACAAGUAUGAGGGGUCACUGGUUGUGGCACUGAAGGACAGAGUUCAAUGGUAGGGAUGGUGGCAUUGGAUUUAUAGUUGGACUCGAUCAUCUUAAGCGUCUUUUCCAAUGUAAAUGAUGCUGUGAUUCUCUUGUUCGCUCCAAUUUUAUCUUGGUGGGUGAGGAUUAGCUUACUCUUCAAGAGACGUCACCUCAGAAUGACAGUGAUCCAAAGUGGCAUCAAAAUUUAUGUCAGAAGGAGAAAAUCCUGUCCAGAGUGGCAGGAAAGCAAUAACAAAGCAAAUGAGGAUGCGAAAUACUGAACUCUUACAGCUGUCCCUAACCAGUCUUUUCCUCCUCCAUGAGUCUUAAAGGUCUCCUUAGGUUCUGCUCCUUGUGUUGUGAGGAGAUGGGAGCUGCUUUAUCAUCUCAGCAUCUCCAGAGAGCCCCGCAGUUGGGUUUGCUGGCAGCAGAGGGGAUCUGGUGGUGGAGGGCGGUGGCGAUUGCCCAGCAGGGCUUCACAGCAGUUAGUGAAUAUUGUUUCCUGGCUCAGAAUGCAGAGCAUCGUGGGCAAGGCAGGCAGCAUUUCAGACGGAGUUGGUGUCAGCAGAGGGGAAGCAGCAGCUGGCUGGCCUUCCCCAAAAGAACCAAGGAAAGCCGAGCACGAACUAAAGCGGGAUGGGACCAGAAAUUACACGUGCAAAACUCCAGGGAAGAAAAGAAUCAGCAAUUCCUCUGAUCUUAUAGCAGAACACUCACUUCUUCUGCUUCCCGGAGUGGUACUUCGGUAUCUGUAAUAGUUUCUUCUCACACUGUUAAAUUAUGAUUGUCUGUUUUCUAAAGCUUAAAAGACAAUUAGCUAAUUGAAAAGACAGCCUUAAUUGAGCACACAAUGAUACAGCUAAUCGGCAUGGUUUCUUGCCUCCAUCUAUUGCCCAUCAAGGUUGUGACUAAACAGAGAAGCAGGGGACAUCGAACGCCUCGUGCUGCUGUUGGGCUGUGCCCUGGACUGGUGUCAGCACUGCCUCAGUGGCACCUGGCGAGGGUGCAAAGAUCUUGGCAUGGUCCAUGUGUACACCAGAUCCAUCAGCUCAUGUCCAGCCUGGGGAAGGGUGGGCAGCAAGCCGUGCUCCUGCUUCAGGCCAACCCCUCAGCUCAAAGGAGCUGCUCUCAGAGAAGGUGGCCGAGUUGCGAUCCAGUGACUCUGCUGAUCCAGUUGCUCCUCAAAGAGUUGAGGGUGACAGCUUUGGCAUGGUGCCUUUCAGCUGUGCUUUCCAUGGCUUUCAGCUGGAAAACAUUCCUGUUGCGUCACCUCUCUGGCUCGCCUUUCAUUCUCCACAGGAAAUCAUUCACUGCUGGUUGGAGAAGUGAGCUCUGCGUGGACUGGGGGCUACAGCUGUGUGCUGAGGUGAGCUCCGACAGCGGGUACACGUGCACUGGAGCUCCUGCCUGGGUAGGUGACCAGGCAGCAGCUUCUCCCAGCACUACAGCCUCCACUCUCAUCAUAGAAUGGUUUGGGCUGGAAGGGGCCUCAAAGCCCAUCCAGUCCCACUCCUGCCAUGGGCAGGGACACUUCCCACUGGAUCAGGGUCUCCAAGCCCCAUCCAACCUGGCCUUCAACACCUCCAGGGAUGGGGCAGACACCACUGCUCUGGGCAAGUGUUCUCAGGCACCAGGUCGUGGCCGAGUACAGCUGAGCCUGGGAUGCUGAAUUUUGGCUUUACUGCACCUUUUAAAUGAAAAAAAAACAUUGGAAGAGAUCGGGGCAACAUACCUAAAUGAACAAAUUGUGGGUAUGAAUCAUUUGAGCGUCUCAUCAGAGCCCGGGCAGCUGUGCCCAGCACAGUGCCGCACUGCAGAGCACCAACGCUUCCACUCUAAUCCCUGUGGGAAUUCAAUAUCUUUAUUUGCAGAUGAUAAAUUGAUUGAGCCAUUGUUCUUUGUGGAAGAAAAGCUUAAGCUCUCCCUGCAGUACUGUUUUCCUUUUGUUUUGAAGCGAGCAAAUUACCCCUUGGAAAGCACCAACCCCAGACAGAAAUCGUUACUCUGACGCUUGCUGAUUCCUGCAAUCAUCAUUUCCUUCCAGAACAGCCAGAGUGGCUCCUGCUGGCCACCCUGGUGUCACCGCGCUCCACUUUACCAAAGGGAUUUCUUCCUGGUGGGUGUGAUGUGAUGAGGCGUUCUGGAGAGCGAGCGGUCACAUUGGUGUGCCUUUGGAUGGGUAAAUCCACAAUUUGUGCAGCCAAGUGUCCUUAUACAAGGGCUUUACGCCUCUCAUCCUCGCUAUCCUAGUGCGUUCAGCAGCAGGAGUGUGACCCAGCACUGCUCCCAAGCAGGGAAAACCACACAGUUAGCGGGAAAAGGCAACUGUUCCAUGAGCUGGUAAGGAGCAACGUGGCUGGAGAGGGCUGAGUGACAUUCAUCUUUCUUGCGCUGUGGGAAAGGCUGCUGCAUUUCAAGCCAUGGGGUUACUAAGUCCCCACAGCCAUCACUUCGGUGUCCUCCAGGUCUUGAUCAGAGUUUGCCAUGGCUGAGCUGGCCCUGGGGGGUUCAGGAUGUCAGGCUCGGCCAUUUAUUUUGGUUUUUUUUCUGUUCUGGUGGGCUCAGCAGAAGAGGUGCAAGACUUUGCGGAAGAAGUUCCUGAACUCCGUGUUGAAAACGGUAUAAAUGAUAGGGUUGAGCGCGCUGUUGACGUAACCCAGCCAAGUGACAGUGCUGGUGAC